UCUCCCAGGAAAUGUUCGUCAUGCUCGUCGUUCUGGCAAUAAUGCCUUAUAUGAGGCCUUGGGGGUGGUCCAAGAUGAGAAUAGUCGUUUACUUUGGUUGGUGGCCUUACAGAGAAGAAGAAUACAAAGUUUGGAGACAGAAUUGGUAGAGUUGAGGGCUAAUGCGGUUUCAAGAGUACAGAACGGGUGGAUGUUGGAGCAGUGGUAUAAUCGAUUGUUAGAUGAAAGAAAUAGGUUGAGGGCAAGGUUGGCAAAUGAUGAGGAGGAAUUAAGAAGGUUAAAGACAGAGGAAAGAAGAAGGAAGAGAAAUAAUAAUAAUAGGGAUAGAAUAUCGGGUUUUG